AUGGCGAACGCGAUGGCGCAAAUUGUCCUAUAUGAUACUGUCGGUACGAAGAUGCCGGAUAAAGCUUGGUCGCCGAAUGUGUUUAAGAUUCGCUUUGCGUUGAACUACAAGCAGCUACCAUAUCGCACGGAAUGGGUUGAGACAGUCGACGUCCGAGCCACGGCGCAACGGAUCGGGGCGCCACCCACAGGCAAGAAGCGCGAUGGGACGCUAAUCUAUACUGUGCCAAUCAUCUUCUGCACCCAUUGCAACCAACAUGUCUCAAACUCGCUCGACAUUGCCAUUCAUCUCGACCGCGCGUUCCCAGAGAAGCCGCGCCUCUUCGCACCCGGACUUGCCGACGAAGCGCUCGUGCGGGCUUGGGAUGACCAGUGGAACCAGCUGGUCGGACCACACUUCUUUACAAUUGGCGGUGCGCGUACGCAUGCGCAGUUACCACCCCGCGCGGCAGCGUUUUUCAGGAAGACGCGCGAGGGCAUCUUCAAGAUGUCGCUGGAGGAGCAGACGAGUCCGGAAAGAGUUCAAGCUAGCUGGGCCGCUCUACGCAAGGGCCUGUCACGCAUGGCGAAAUACACACCGCCUGGGGAGACGUAUUUUGCUGGUGGCGACACUCCGACGUACCCUGACUGCGUCAUGGCAGCAUACCUUGUCUGGAUGAAGCGCAUGUUCGGACGUGAUUCUCCUGAGUGGCGAGAGAUCGAAAGUUUCGACCAGGGGCGGUGGGCGCGGCUUAUGGUGGCUUUCGAACAGUGGGAGUACACUGAGGAUAAUACCCCUGCAAAGGCUCGGUUAUGA